AUGGGCAGCCUCCCUCUCGAAGAUCCCGAGCCGCUCACUGCACGCGCGGUGCAAGGGGUCGACGAAGCAGUCGGCACGGGUAUUGCCCAAUCUGGGGUUCCCACGGAUGCCACAUCACGUACCAGCCUCGAUGCUCCGACUUCGUUUACCGGUACCGUGGAGGAUUUAGGGCGUGAUGAGCCGGCACAGCCAGAAGAAAACAACCCCCAGCGCCCUCCAUAUCUUCUAAUAAGCACUGGCCCCGGCCCGCCCUCACUGUCCCCUUCCUCCAUCAACAGCGGCGUCUUCCAAGAAGGCCUGAACCGACUACACUCCUUCCAGGACCUCGCCAGACUCCGCCUGAAGCACGCGACCCAGAUCGAGUGCUACGAGACGACCGUCCUCCAGCUGCCAGAGACGAGCGACAGUGAACUUUACGACCUCCGGGACCGCCGGUGGGCCCAUCUGGAUCUCACAGAGUACGAGGGCGGGGACGACUUAGGGGCUGGCUUAAGCGCAACGGACUCCCCUUUAUCGAGCUCACCAUCCACCUCGACCUCGACAUCGACCUUCCUCGACAGUCCCUCACUCGCAGAACGCCGCCCGUUCUCGUUUGAGGCCUUCUUCGACGCCUCGCCAGAGAGCCCUGAGGGCUCUCCGACCCUGCCGCGCCGCAACGACUCCCGCCACACCACCAUCACCUACCGCCACAUGCCUCCCAAGACGAUGCCUGAGCUGUCCGGGCUCGGCGACGGCGGCGGAGGGUCGGGCUUCCUGUCGUCGACGUGGGCGUCCUCCAGCGGGGGGAGCGCGACGGGCCCUCACCACCACCACAGCAGCGCUCACCUGAGGCCACGCUCGGCACCGAAGAACCUCUCGCGCACGUCGAACCCAUUCACCGGGCUCUGGGGCAGGAAAGGGCAGCAGCAGCAGCACCAGGUGCAGCAAGAUGACGUUCCCGUGGGGAGGCUGGGCGAGGCCGGCAUGGACUCGGGCAUGCCCUGGAAGCGAAUCAGCGACGACGGGACGGCGGUCGAGGUCCACGAGGGCAGGACGACACCGCCGCGGUCUGCUUCCGGGGCGCCAAAUGGCUGGAAGGAUGCGAAGGAGCCGGCCAACGCAUCGGAGGGCGGAGGACCACCACCACUGACGCGCGAGGAGUUUGAGGCGCUACCCUUGGCGAUACAGCGAAAGGAAUCCACCGACGUAGACGACAUCUACAACCAUUACGACGAUAUCACAACCCAAAAGAACAAGCGCCGGAAACACAACUCCAAGCGCAGCGCUCCAGAUCCAUACGCCAUCCGCGACUCACCAUCAACAGCCGUAUCAGACUCUUCCUGGUUCUUGAAUCACCCAGACAAGGCCAGGAAGACACAGCUGUCGAGGCAGGAGCAGUGUGAGCUGGUCAAGCACCUGCGUGCUAGUGUCAUCCUCGACGCUGCGGACGAGGCAAUAUACAAGCUCCGCCACAAGACCAGCAACCUGACCCUGACGCCCACCCCAGAAAUUGACUGCUCCACGAGCACGCUGUCAACGAGGCGUGGAAGUUUCGAUUCGCUCACAGACGCAAUGGCUCAGUCCCAGGCCGCUAGCCGGGAGGACCCCGCCAGAGAGAGCCUGUACGAGAGCUUCCGGUGGCUGGACGAGGAAGAAGACCUGGACCUCCGGCUCUUCCUGGAUGACUACCAUGCGAACCUGCGGGAGGAGCUCCCACACGCGACCAAGAGCAGGCGGCCGUCUUUCCGACGCCACCUGUCAAUAUCCAAGCGCCCCUUUGGCCAACCGACGGUGUCCGGCAGCCAGUCGGAUACGAGGGACAGUGACACAGCGCCAACGUCUCCGUCCUACAACACAGGUCUUCCACAGCAGCAGCCCAAUGGUACACAACAUGCACAACGGUUAUCUCGCACGCUGUCACUAAUGAACCCGAGGCAGCAGCAUGUGCGGUCAGAAUCCCUUACAGGCAUAGACCCUGGCGCGGCCCACUACCAAGAUCCCGAGGCCCGGCUGAAGCUCCGGGUGUACCUGGCAUCCCCACAAAAGUUCGACGAGGCCAUUGAGUUCGGCUUCCCGGCAACAGACUCCGUCCAAGCACCCUCAACCCUGUCGAACCGGCGUUCCAUGGUCAGGAAACGGCAAUCACGGCUGCAGCUGAAGGACGACUCGGCUGACCACAUGCGGUCGUUCCUGGACGACGGCGACGACGAGGACCUGAGCGAUGAUGACGACGACGACGACGACGACGCAAGCAGCAUCUCGGACCCGGACUCGCCCAGGACGCCCCACCUAGGCGGCCUGACGCCUCCCCCGGGCCACCACCGCCCGACAAGGGUGCUAACCGACCCGCUCCAGGCAGCUCAGCGCGGCGGCCUGGCGGUGCGGGAGCCCAACGACGCAUAUGCGCAGAUCCCAGCCAACUCGCGGGAGAUGACCCUGCGGAUGACGCUGACAAGGCCGGACCUGAGGGCGGACGACGAGCAGAUCUACGGAUGGCAGGCCGCGCAGCAGGCGGCCUACGCGCCACCCGCGGGGAGGAAGAGCCAGCAGUCCAACGCCGCGAGGGGCGACGAGCUGUCACCGCCGAGCUUGCCCUCGUCGCAGCAGCAGGGCCCGAGCUACAUGUCCCAGGGCCGGACGCCCAAGGAGAGCAUCGAGGCGAUCCUGACAGGCACCGACCACUGGAGCCCCGAGGUGGCAGCCAGCGGCGACAAAGGUUUCAUGAAGAGGAUCUUCAACCGCGUUAGGAGGGCUUAG